AUGCAGCUCGAGGACGAGACCCGACACCACCAGCUCUCAAGCCUCAAUCUCCCCGUCUCGAACCGGAAACUCAUCUUGAACAAGUACGCACCACUAGUAUUCCUGCAUCCACGAGACAGGUGGCGGCCAGCGGAUCCCGCAUAUGUGUUCAGCAAGUCGAAGCUGGACGAGUAUAACCGCACUGUGCUCAUACCGGAGGAGUUGUGGCAUGGGAACGAGGUGGCGGAGAGUGCGACCGUGCAGGCGAAUAUUGUCGGCCAGGUGGUGCAGAUGGGACCACAUGGGAAGACCUAUCUGCAGUACUGGUUCUUCUACCCGGUGAACGGAUGUCAGGGAUUCCGGAUAUCAUUAUGGAGUGGGCUACGGUCGUUCGUUAAAGAGCGAGCAGAAAACUUUGAAUGGUGCAAAAUGGCGUAUCACAAUGGAGACUGGGAGCAUAUAACGGUCCAACUGAACGAUACAUGGGAUGGGAACUCGGAACAGAGCAUACCACCAAUACGAGCAGUAGCCUUCUCCCAACACGCCGGCUCCGAAUGGGUCUACCUCCCCGACCUCGCCUUCACCGGCACCCAUCCGCACGUCUACUCCGCCCUCAACUCCCACGCCAACUACCCCACCGAAGGCACCCACAAAAACCGCGAUGACACCUUCGGCUUUGUCUCCCGCAUCUCCCCUUUACUGACCCUCGGCGCCGUGCAAUGGAUCCAGAUCGCCGAUGUCGCGGACCUCAGCUCCGAUCUGUUCUUGUUUGAGGAGCCAAUUGGGAAGAGAUUCCAGAGGUUUAUUAGUUGGAUGACGUGGACGGGGGAGGUGUAUGAUUGGACGGAUAAGAGUGAUUGGAGCGAAUGGGCGAGGUAUUCGGGGUUUUGGGGCGCGGAGGUCGAUCAGACGACGAUUUUGCAGCCGCCGCCGGGGGUGACGGCUGCGAGACAGUUGCAUUGGAGUACCACGAUAGCCCAAAAGCUCGGCAUCCUCAACAAAUUCGUCCGCAAACACGAACGCGGUCCAAAAGGCCCACGGCAGCAUCGGACAUGGUAUACGCUCGACCAACCGCCGCGCAACAUCGACUAA